AUGGAUGAUGAAAAUCAGACUUUGGUGAUUGAGUUUUUUUUCAUGGGCUUAACCAAUCAUUUCCAGCACCAGGUUGUACUCUUUGUGAUAUUUCUCUUGGUUUAUCUUGUCACUUUUCUGGGAAACUUGGGGAUGAUCACCCUCAUUUGGAUAGACUCCCGACUCCACACCCCUAUGUACUUUUUUCUCAGCCACUUGUCCUUUGUGGACGUGUGCUCCUCUUCUAUCAUCAGUCCCAAGAUGUUGACUGACAUCUUUGCGGAGACAAAAGUAAUCUCUUUCUUUGGUUGUGCUGCCCAGUUAUGGUUUUUUUGUCAAUUUUUAGUGACUGAGUGUUUCCUCCUGGCUUCCAUGGCAUAUGAUCGAUACGUGGCUAUUUGUAAACCCUUGUUGUAUACACUCAUUAUGUCCCAGCAGGUCUGUGUGCAGCUGGUGAUAGGGCCAUAUACCAUGGGUCUUAUAAGUGCCAUGACCCAUACCACAUUGGCCUUUCGCCUACCUUAUUGUGGUCCAAAAAUCAUCAAUCACUUCUUCUGUGAUCUCCUCCCGAUUCUUUCUUUGGCAUGUGCAGACACGCAGGUCAAUAAAUUCUUGCUUUUCAUCUUGGCUGGAGCCCUAGGAGUACUCAGUGGCAUGAUUAUCUUGGUCUCCUACAUAUACAUCAUCAUCACUAUCCUGAAGAUCCGCUCUGCUGAUGGAAGGUUCAAAGCUUUCUCCACUUGCUCUUCUCACCUGACAGCUGUCUCCAUCCUGUAUGGGACACUCUUCUUUAUCUAUGUAUGUCCGAGUUCUGGCCUCUCCCUGGACAUCAAUAAAGUGGUGUCUGUGUUUUAUACAGCUAUGAUUCCCAUGUUAAAUCCACUUAUCUACAGCCUGAGAAACAAGGAAGUCAAGGAUUCAUUCAGAAGGACGUUUGAAAGGAAGAAAUUCCUGA